AUGGCCUCGAAAGGAGUUGAAGGCCCCUUCAGGGACUCGACCAAAGAGGUCAACACCAUCCAGACGCAGGCUGCUACCGACACUUCAGCUUCGUCAUUGAAAGAGCAGGUCGCCCAGCAGUACGGAUCCACAGACGAACAUGUCUUUUCAGAUCCCAGCAUCGCCGACCACUGGCGGAAGGUCUACGAGAAGGCUUCAUACGAGAACCGCCAUCGUUUCGAUCCCAACUACACGUGGUCGGCCGAGGACGAGAGAAAAUUGGUUAGGAAGGUCAUGUUCUGUGCUCUCGAUUUGCACCGGCGAAACAUCAAUCGUGCAAUCUCCGACAACAUGCUUCCGGAGCUCGGCAUGACCACAAACGAUUUCAACUAUGGACAAACUAUUUUCCUUCUGUCAUUCCUCGCUGCCGAGUUGCCCAGUGGUCUGGUCAGUAAGAAGCUUGGUGCCGAUGUUUGGAUCCCUUCUAUUAUGGUUGGUUGGUCGAUUACGGCAGGAUGCCAGGCUUUCUUAUCGAACCGUGCUGGGUUCUACGCCGUGAAGGCUCUGCUUGGUCUUCUCAUGGGAGGUUUCAUUCCUGAUAUUGUGCUGUGGCUCACAUAUUUCUACAAGUCUAACGAGUUGCCCCUGAGACUCGCAUGGUUCUGGACAGCUCUUAGCACUGUAAACAUUGUUGGUUCACUAGUCGCUGCCGGUGUACUUCAGAUGCGAGGUGUGGCAGGAUGGGCCGGUUGGAGAUGGCUCUUCCUUAUCGAGGGUAUCGUAACUCUCAUCAUCGGUCUCUUCUCGUGGGGUCUGAUGCCUCCUGGCCCUACGCAGACCAGAAACUGGUUCCGUGGAAAGGAUGGGUGGUUCACCGAACACGAAGAGCUGAUCAUGGUCAACCGCUUGCUGCGGGAUGACCCGAGCAAGGGUGACAUGCACAACCGCGAAGCCGUUGGCCCGUCUCUUCUAUUCAAGGCUAUCAAGGACUGGGAGCAGUGGCCUUUGUACUUGAUCGGCCUCACCACCUACAUCCCGCCUUCCCCGCCGAGCACGUACCUGUCCUACAUUCUGCGCCGAUUGGGCUUCUCGACGUUCCAGGCCAAUCUUCUCGCCAUUCCUUCCCAGUUCCUUUUUGCCGUCAACCUCUUGAUCAUUUCUUGGGUUUCCGGAAAGUUCAAGGAGCGCGCCAUCGUGUCAUCUAUUUCAAACAUCUGGAUCUUCCCCUGGCUUGUCGCUCUCGUUGCCCUCCCUGCUGAUACAAGUACUUGGAUCAGAUACGCCCUGUUAACGGGGUUGCUCAGCUAUCCUUACUGUCACGCGAUCUUGGUCGGCUGGAAUGCCAAAAACAGCAAUGCCGUGCGAACGAGAGCUGUCAGUGCUGCACUGUACAACAUGUUCGUCCAGGCGGGCAACAUCGCGGCUUCAAACAUCUAUCGAGAUGACGACCAGCCCCUGUAUCGCCGUGGAAACAAGAUUUUGCUCGGGAUCUGCUGUUUCAACAUCGUUCUGUUUUACUUCGUCAAGGCCUUCUACAUCUGGCGUAACAAGGUUCGCGACAGGCGGUGGAACGCCAUGUCCAAGGAGCAACAGGAGGACUACUCUAUCAACACCACUGAUGAGGGACAACAAAGACUUGACUUCCGCUUUGCGCACUAA